CACUAAACAACGAUAACAGAUUUUUAUACUUGAUCCCUUGAUCCAGAGUUAAUACCCCGCCUAUGUCGCAAGUCAAUCCGUGCUGGGCUCAAGAGUCAAAGGAGGUGAGACUUGGGUUGGAAAGUGGGGAAAGUGGGACAGCGGUGCGGGUGAGGUGUGGUGUUGAGCACGCGGCUUUAGUGUUGACGUCUUCUUGACAACGCGAAGUUUGUCGCUUGCUUCCAUCUCACCAGAAGCGACACGCGCUCUGCGCUUGCCAGUAUUGAGAGGGGGAAACCUCAGUCAAUGCUAGAUUUGGGAAGCGGGGUGGAGGAAAUGGCAUUUCAGCUGUUUUUGCAGCCCGAGCGCUGCGCUGCUGCUGGUGGUGACGCCUGAAGGGAGCUUUAAUAACGCUGGGUAUAUCUCUAGCAGCUGAAGAUGGUGAAUUCAAGUGUUUUAUUAUCGUCAUGGCAAACGGAACCGGCAGCAUCAUGUUGAAAUGCGUGGUCGUCGGCGACGGCGCCGUUGGAAAAACUUGUCUGCUGAUGAGCUAUGCCAACGACGCCUUUCCAGAGGAAUAUGUGCCCACUGUCUUUGAUCAUUAUGCAGUGAGUGUGACGGUUGGGGGAAAACAGUACCUGCUGGGGCUGUAUGACACUGCGGGUCAGGAGGACUAUGAUCGCCUGCGACCCCUGUCUUACCCCAUGACAGAUGUCUUCCUAAUUUGCUUCUCCGUGGUGAAUCCGGCCAGCUUCCAGAACGUGAGAGAGGAGUGGGUCCCUGAGCUGCAGGAGUACGCACCCAAUGUCCCUUACCUGCUCAUCGGCACUCAGAUUGACCUUCGGGACGACCCCAAGACUAUUGCCAAGCUGAACGAUGUGAAGGAAAAGCCCAUUGUGACAGAACAAGGCCAAAAGCUAGCAAAGGAGAUUGGUGCCUGCUGUUAUGUUGAAUGCUCAGCACUGACACAGAAAGGCCUGAAAACUGUGUUUGAUGAGGCCAUUAUAGCCAUUCUGGCUCCUAAGAAAGGUGCGCUCAAACGAAGACUGGGCCCACGCUGCAUCAACUGCUGCCUCAUCACAUGAUACACCAGCUCAAGAGCAUCCAGUGACCUGACAGUGACCAACUAUCAACCAACCAGAUUUCAAUCUGACUUCUGAACUAAAGCAAGGUGAACCAAUGGGCCCAUUCACCUACAAGUCCAAGUCAUGGACUUGGUCAACUAACAAAAAGACACAUUGUUCAGGGAGAAAUGACACGA